AAGAUAUCAUUCAGUUUACUUUUCUGUAUUGAUAUGUAUAUUUUUAAAUUUGACGUGUUUGGAAAUCUAUAUCCACACGUCAGUUCACAUUUUGGAAUUUAGUAUAUUUUGGAUUUGGAAAAUGUAGAGUUAUUGCAGAUAAAUACUACGUAUGUGGAAGUUAAUGUGGAAGAUUCUGGAUUGCUGAGGGUUAUGUGGAGUCGGCAUAAAUUUUACGAGUUCUUUAAUCGAUAAAUGAAAUUUCAUUGAACUUUCUCGUGCAUGGAAAUAUAUUUGAUAUAUAAGAUAUGUGUUCCACAUCUUAAUAAGAAAUUUGGAGGAGUUUUAUCUUGAUCAGAAAAUUACUGUUUUAUUGAAUUUUUGGUUCCUUUAAAUCUCUGUCGUAGAGGAAUCGAGUUUGUCCUAUUAAAAGAAUUUUGCUGAUAAUUUGAUUUGAUGGGGAACAAUAGUUCAAGUCCUAGUAGUGAGGAGAGUGGGAGGCCAUCUUCAUCAUUUCAGUCUAGUUCUUCAUCUCCAUGGCAGCAUGGAAAUCCUCCUCAGUCAUCAUAUUCACAAUAUGCCCAGAAUUAUCCCGUGCAGCAUCCUUAUCCAGCAGGAUAUCCGCCACCAAAUCAGUAUUAUGCUCCUCCUCAAGCUUCUGGGGCUCGUCCUCAAACUUCUCAAACUUCUGGGGCUCCUCCUCAAACUUCUCAAACUUCUGGGGCUCCUCCUCAAACUUCUCAAACUUCUGGGGCUCCUCCUCAAACUUCUCAAACUUCUGGGGCUCCUCCUCAAACUUCUCAAACUUCUGGGGCUCCUCCUCAAACUUCUCAAACUUCUGGGGCUCCUCCUCAAACUUAUGGGGCUCCAUCUCAACUGCCACGGCAAAGGAAGUUCGACAGGAGGUAUUCAAGGAUUGCCGACAAUUAUAAUUCUCUGUCUGAGGUGACUGAAGCACUUAGACGUUCUGGCCUUGAGUCUUCCAACCUAAUUAUUGGUAUUGAUUUCACGAAGAGCAAUGAAUGGACAGGUAAGUUAUCGUAUAAUGGUCGAAGCCUACAUCAUAUUGGAAGUGGUUGGAAUCCCUAUGAGCAAGCUAUAUCAAUUAUUGGAAAAACCUUGGCGGCUUUUGACGAUGAUAAUUUGAUCCCCUGUUUUGGAUUUGGAGAUGCAUCAACUCAUGAUCAAGACGUUUUUAGUUUCUACCCUGAUAGAUUUUGCAAUAAAUUUGAAGAAGUGUUAACUCGUUACAGAGAAAUUGUUCCUCAUUUAAAACUGGCUGGUCCAACGUCGUUUGCUCCUAUCAUUGAAAUGGCCAUGUCUAUUGUCGAGCAGAGUGGAGGCCAAUACCAUGUUUUACUGAUUAUUGCAGAUGGACAGGUAACCAGAAGUGUUGAUACUGAACCUGGUCAGUUAAGUCCACAGGAGCAGAAAACUGUACAAGCAAUUGUUGAAGCAAGCAAGUUUCCUUUGUCAAUUAUUUUGGUUGGGGUUGGAGAUGGCCCCUGGGACACAAUGACAGAAUUUGAUGAUAACAUCCCUGCUCGGGAUUUCGAUAACUUCCAGUUUGUCAAUUUUACAGAAAUUAUGUCUAAAGAUGUGCCCCAGUCUCGGAAAGAGACUGAAUUUGCUCUUGCCGCAUUGAUGGAAAUUCCAUCCCAAUAUAAAGCAUCAGUGGAGCUUAAUUUGUUGGGUGGACGGAAAGGAAAUGCACCCGAGAGGUUUGCUCUUCCUCCUCCUGUUUACAGUGCAGCCUCGGACCGCAGUUUAAAUUCCCCACCUGCAUCUAGUUUCCAGCAAAGCCCUAGUACAUAUUACAACCAAAAUAGCGCUGCUGAAGCAGCUCCAUCUGCUCCGAGCAUCAUGUAUGAAAAUCAGGUACAUGGUGUACAUCUAUAUGUGUACAGACUUCUACUUUUAUUUUAAAAAGCAAGGGACCACACUUCGUUAUUAACAACAUACCGUGUUUUCCCAUUUCGAUCACCAUUUCAACUGUCACCCCU